GGGGCUGGGGUCCCCAUCAGUCCCUGCCUCUUACUAUCCUCUGCAUCCCCAGCACCAUGGGAGAGUGGGCGUUCCUAGGCUCACUGCUGGACGCGGUGCAACUACAAUCGCCUCUGGUGGGUCGCCUCUGGUUGGUGGUCAUGCUGAUCUUCCGCAUCCUGGUGCUGGCCACAGUGGGCGGCGCGGUAUUCGAGGACGAGCAAGAGGAGUUUGUGUGCAACACCUUGCAGCCGGGUUGUCGCCAGAUCUGCUACGACCGCGCCUUCCCAGUCUCCCACUACCGCUUCUGGCUCUUCCACAUCCUGCUGCUCUCCGCGCCGCCGGUGCUGUUCGUCAUCUACUCCAUGCACCAGGCCAGCAAGGAGGCGGGCGGCGCGGAGGGUGCAGCGCCGUGUGCGCGCGGGCGCCCGGAGGGCUCUUGCGCACCCUGCGCCCUGCGCGCUCGCCGCGCGCGCCGCUGCUACCUGCUGAGCGUGGCGCUGCGCCUCCUGGCCGAGCUAGCCUUCCUGGGCGGCCAGGCGCUGCUCUACGGCUUCCGUGUGGCCCCGCACUUCGCGUGCGCCGGCCCGCCCUGCCCGCACACCGUCGAUUGCUUCGUGAGCCGGCCCACCGAGAAGACGGUCUUCGUGGUCUUCUACUUCGCCGUGGGGCUGCUAUCGGCGCUGCUCAGCGUGGCCGAGCUGGGCCAUCUGCUCUGGAAGGGCCGCCCGCGCUCCGGAGAGCGCGACAACCGCUGCAACCGUGCGCACGAGGAGGCGCGGAAGCUGCUCCCGCCGCCGCCGCCGCCGCCGCCGCCCGCUCUGCCAUCGCAGCACCCCGACCCAGAUCCCUACGCCCCACCCGCCUAUGCGCACCCGGCACCGGCUGGUGACAGCGAAGGCGAGGGCGGAAGCGGCCGCAGCAAGGCGUCACUAGCCACUGUCCGCCAGGACCUGACCAUCUAG